ACUGGAGAGGCGUCUAUAAUUUGAAACGUAUGCCACGUUUAUAACAAUACGACCAAUAUGAGUUCCGAAACGUUUAGUUAAGAACUUUAUAGGCUGAGAUUCCGUUCCUUGCGGUGGGCUAACGAGAGGUGUCACCUUCCCAACAUUGGAACCUGUCAAACCACUCCCCGGUGACUCAACUGCUUCGAGCUCGUCAAAAGUGAAUGUUGCGACAUGGACUACGUAAACCUUUCCCGGUAGACUUCGAGCAGUAUUCACCUCUCCAGAUCAGAGGAGGUAUAAAGCUUAGUUUUUCAGCUAUGGGAAACGUGGCUUGUAACAACCUCGAAAUCCCUCCACCAAAGGGCCCAAAUGCUGCAGGAUGCACCGACUUUAUGAUGGAUCACACAGUGCAGGGCAGUUUCUUCCGCCUGUACUAUCCUUGCCAGAGGAUGGACGAAGCAGCGAUGCCACACUGGAUCCCAAGCAGAGAGUACUUUAAUGGACUGGCAGACUUUAUGAAAAUCAACAGGACUUUCAGUGAAAGAAUAUUCAACUGCCUCUUUGGGUCCUUUAAGAUUCCAGCCUUCUUAGAUGCUCCAUUUAACUCGACUGAAAAAUGCCCAGUAGUUAUCUUUUCGCAUGGCUUGGGGGCCUUCAGGACUUUGUACUCAGCUAUAUGUACAGAACUAGCCUCUCAGGGCUUCAUAGUGGCAUCUGUGGAACACAGAGACCUGUCUGCCUCAGCUACGCAUCACCUUCGACAGAAGAGUGAGUUGGAGCAGGCCAACAAGAAUUCCUCCAAGACAUCACUCACAGACACCCUGGUGAGGGAGUGGCUGUACUACAGGAGUCUGCAACAAGGGGAACAAGAAUUCCCCCUCAGAAACCAGCAAGUGCAACAGAGGGCCGACGAAUGCAUCCGUGCGCUUCAUAAACUCACGGACAUUAACUCAGGGGUGCCGGUGCAAAAUGUUUUGCUUACACAAUUUGACUGGAAGACUUUGAAGAACUCCAUGGAUCUCAGCAGAGUAGCUGUGAUGGGUCAUUCCUUUGGGGGAGCAACAUCCAUAGAAGCUCUCGCCAAAGAGGCAAAAUUCAAGUGCGCCGUAGUACUGGACGCCUGGAUGUUCCCGUUAAAAGAUGAAACCUUCCCUCAAGUAAGUCAGCCCAUCUUCUUCAUCAACUCGGAGAAGUUCCAGUGGGCGGAGAACAUCAAACGCAUCAAAAAUUUGGAUUCGUCAGACAUAGAGAGAAAAAUGGUGACCAUCAGAGGGACCGUGCACCAGUCUUUCCCAGACUUCACCUUUCUGACAGGAGACUUGAUCGGCAAGUUGAUGAAUCUAAAGGGUGACCUCGACCCAGAAAUCGGCCUUGACCUCACAAACAAAGCAUCGCUUGCUUUUCUGCAACGGCAUCUUGGUUUGGAAAAGGACUUCAAUCAGUGGGACCCUCUGAUUGAAGGGGAUGACGAAAACCUCAUUCCAGGAACAAAUGUCACUUUGUUUCAGUCGGCCAUCUGACAUUAAACAAAGCCACAGGAAAUUCCUGGAGCCUCUUUAACCUCCCAAUGUGCCCUUAAAAUGACCCAAGAAUGUCAACCAAAAUAACAUUUUAAGCUUAGGGGGUUUAAAAUUGACAUUUGGAGAACAUUUUUUCUGCACAUAAUGUAACUGACCUUUUAAAAGUAUUUAAAUCUGUUCAUAUUUUCCAAGAAUUUUAUCAAAAUUAUUUAAAUCAAGUUCUGUAUGAUAGUUUGUGUAUUGUGUUACUGAAACCUCCCAUCUACUCUGUAAUUUUCCACUGCAACAUAUUUGGUGUGUGUUAUAUAUUUUUAGUUUUCAUCAUGAGGCAAAUUACACCAAAUGUGGCUAUAUGGAUCAAGAAGAAAGAACGACACACAUACAAAUGUGAGAUAUGUGCCUUCAUUCACAGUAUAGGUCAGUAAGGUCUCUGUAAAUAUAAAAGGUGAUCCACACAUUUUAUUUACUGAAGUCUAUUUUUUUGUGCACACUGCAAUGAAUCCAGUUUGUAUACCAACAUUGUUCUUGUUUUAACUGCUCAGGGAGUGCAAAGAAAGUCCAAAUGAAAUGA